CAAAGCAUGAGGUGGAAUGAAAGCAGUGUCCUUGUUUUCCCAGACCACUUCUUCCUUUGUCUUUAGUUUGGAAGUGUCUUUUUGUGGUCCUUUACCUUCAGCCAGAGGAUUUCCUGAAUCUCAUAGACAGGGAACUGUGUUGUUAUUUGGAGUCCUGGUGUUUUCCUUUAACAUGCCAAUUGCCAACUACUAGCACGCCCUUUUUAUGGAGAAGCAUGUUUGCAAGGUGCUAGUACUGGUUUGUCCCAUAUGUUGUGGAGACUGACUUUGCAAGUGCAUUUUUUUCAUUUUCCAAACACAGAAGUUCCUCCUGUAACUUCCCCUAUUGAGAAAGGGUGAAUGGCAUGUCCAAAACAGGUGAAACUGAUAUAACAUCAUGCCAUAGGCAUUUAACUCCUUGAUCUAAAAUUGUCAUAAAUUUCAGGUGUUUCAGCUAGAAUGUUUUAGGUUUUGUCAACCAUUGUUCUAUUGUAAAUUGUUAUGUUAUAUCGUGGUGUUUUACAUAUUAUAGGGCCAUUGUUUUCCUCAUUCACCUCCUGCUCCUGCUCAAUUCCCUGGAGAUUAUGGAAUAGCCUAAUUUAUUUCCCGCAUAACAGUGUUAUCUGUUAUAAGUGUUAUCUCACUUAACAGUAUUGAUGAUGUUGAAUUUUGUCCUAAAGCAAAGGGUAGGCAUUUCCCAUCAGCACUUUGCAAUACUGCUGAGACUAAGAAAUGCUGGGAGUUGCAGUUCACCUGCACCCAGCGGACUGCACUUUGAGCAGCUGUGUUAUCCAGGCAGUUUGGAACUAACUGCAAAUAGUUCUUCCCUGGGCAACCAGCAUCUCCUCUUGAAUUUUCUUGUUGCAAGUAACAUGAAGAUGAGAAGGCAUGCAGUUGUGUUUCCAGCUUUAAACUUUGGUGCAAAGUCACCCCGAUUUUUUUUAAUGCCACACAAAAGGGAAGAGCUGAAGUACUGGGGGAGACUGUCUUGACAGUGAUUCUACCUGCUUCCACAUCCUAAUUUGGAAGCAACUGUUUGUGCUCCGAGGUCCCUGCAAAUGUCAAACGACUUGGGAUGUAGCCGUUUCCUCAGGGACCAAAAAUAGAGGAAGCUAUAAUUUGUUGGACCCCUGUAGCUCUAAGAGCCCAGUCUUGCAGAGGGUUGCAUGCAGGAAUGUUAGAUAUGUCAUGUUUUUAAAGCCUCUUUUAGGUAGAGGAUCAAACCAUAGUGGCAGCCCCUGCCCCUGACUUAGGAUGCAUCGGGAAAGCAUUGAAGUCCCCGUCCUUUGACUUUUCUACUUUCUCUGUGUUAACCUGGAAUGUCAUUUGGCAUCGCUGCCACUUUGUGUGCAUGAGAUACUCUACACUGCAAAAGACAAACGAACAAAAACAAGCUGGUAGGUAUAAUUAAGUCAAUAGGAAGUGUUUAAUAUCCUUCCACAAGUCAAUAUUCGACAGGCACUUUUUGACAGCAAUUACAGCUGUGAAUAUUUGAGAUAAUUCUCACUCAGCUUUGCACAUUUGGAUCCUGCAUUCAUAGUCUGGGAUAUUUUUAUAGCAGAACCCUAUUGGUGCUUCUCUACAGAUUUACUUUGGUAGCUCUUUGUGAUGCUGCUUGCAUAGAUAUGCUUUACAUCAAACCCUGGGACCUUCUAGAAACAGAUGCAUUUGAUCUGAGAUCAUGUAGCAUGAGAAUUGCAUCCAGGUGGUCCCUAUUCAGCUAUUCAUGUGAUUUCUGGAAGCAAUAGGUUACAUAAGAGCAGGUUUAGGCAUGUCUCAAUAAAGAUAAUAUUUUUGCAUGCUGCAAAGGUUAGUUUCUUUUUGUUUCUACUACAGUAAGAAUACAGUGUUUUGCAACUUCUCGGGGGUGAGUUACCUUAUAUACCUGAGAUAGUAAGAAUGGCAGUAAAAUCUAUUUUGGUUCCAGGUGGUAACACAACAAAAUGUAGAAAAGCCAAAGAGCAUUGAAGCCACCAAAGAGGUACUCUCUGUGGCUGUGUCUUGGCAUAGGUUAAUUUAAGAUUCUGAAGAAAUGUUCAGAAUGUGUUCCUACAUUUAGUGACAUGUUAACGGAGAUAGAAAUAAAAGUGUGUGUGUGUGUGUGUGUGUGUGUGUGUGUGUGUGUGUAAGCGUAGACUAGAUACAUCUGUCAAUCCUACUGAAUUUAGCUUGGCGAACUGUAGAGAGUUAUAUGCAAGUCAGCAAAAAUUGUUUGCUUUUUGUUUCAAAAGUAAGAUAGCACAAACAAACUAGCCCCUGUUUCAUCAACAUCUGCCAUCUGAACACUUCAUUUUGUGUUAAUUUCAUUCUGUUUUCCCAUUUCUUUUCAUGGGCUGUUUCCUCCCCCAAAUGUAACCGGCCUUGCUAUGGAACGACUUCAUGUGCACAGAAGUGGCACAUCUCCUCUGGCCUGCCUGAAUGCUAUGCUGCACUCCAAUUCAAGGAGCUGCGAUGGCCUUUUUUACAAGCUGCCUGGACGCAUCAGCCUGUUCACUCUCAAGAAGGAUGCGGUGCAAUGGUCUCGCAGCCUGUCUGCCCCUGAAGGAGAAGAAGCAGACGAUGCCGACAGCAGCGGUUCCAAUGAAGCUGCCAGCACCGUAAGCGGCGACAAUGAUGUAUCUCUAGAUGAAACUUCCUCAAAUGCCUCCUGUUCCACGGAGACUCAGAGCAAGACUGGGCCUAUCCUGCGGGAGAGCCAUAGAGUAGCAGCACAGGCAAGCAAACAGAAGAAAAAGGCAGGCGUGAUGCUUCCUCGUGUAGUUCUGACUCCUCUGAAAGUAAAUGGUGCUCAUAUGGAAACUUCAUCAGGGUUCCCAGGGAAACAUGUUGUGGGAGAGAGCAGCAGUGGCAGUUCUUCGGCUCUUUGCAGCACUGCAGGGCGCAGCAGGACAGAAAUUGCCCGGGACCCUCCUCAGCUCUUCCGAGGAUUCAGGAAACCCUCAGGCGGACAAAUGAAGAGGAACAGGGGGGACGAUAUCGACUUUGAGACGCCUGGCUCCAUUCUCGUCAACACCAACCUCCGAGCGCUGAUUAACUGCAGGACCUUCAACGCGCUGCCCCUCCACUUCCAGCAGCAGCUCCUCCUCCUCCUCCCUGAAGUGGACAGACAGCCUGGGACAGAUGGACUGAUGCGGCUGAGUGGAAGUGCCUUGAACAAUGAGUUCUUUGCACUUGCUGCUCAGAGCUGGAGAGAGAGGCUGGCUGAUGGGGAGUUCACUCAUGAAAUGCAGGUUCGCAUAAGACAGGAAAUGGAGAAGGAGAAGAAAACAGAACAGUGGAAGGAGAAGUUCUUUGAGGACUACUAUGGGCAAAAGCUGGGCUUGACCAGAGAGGACCCUCAGCCUCAAAACUCUGUACCCAAUGAGGUGGAAAAGAAGAGCGCCCCAGCUCCUGAGGAAGCAGAGCCCGUCCGGGUGCAGCGUGGCCCUGUCACCCGCCAGCGCGAUGGGCAUUUCAAGAAGCGCCCCUUGCGAUGCCGUUCACGGAGGAAUCUGUACAAGCUGCAAGAGCCCAAGCAAGCCAAAGAGGCCUCCGAGGCAUUGCCGCCCGUGGAGCCUGAGCCCACUGAUAGCAGUAGAGAUACCAAGCCAGAGGUGGACCCGCCUGAGAAGAGGCAAGUGUCUCCGGAGAGGGAGAGUGCACCCGAGGCAACCAGGGUUCCAAGCAAAGCAGAAAAUCUGGUGGCGGUGGCAGCACCACCAGCAACGGCGGCAGCUGCCACAGCGGAGCGAAUCCCCAUCCUGCCCCAAGAGGCCCAAGAGCAGGAGUCCAAGGAGCAGAAGAGGAAGUGCUUUGAGCAGGCGGCCUCUCCCUCCUUCCCCGAGAAGAAGCCCCGGCUUGAAGACCGUCAGUCCUUUCGUAACACAAUUGAAAGUGUUCACCCAGAAAAGCCACAGCCCACCAAAGAGGAACCCAAAGUCCCACCCAUCCGGAUUCAACUUUCCCGUAUCAAACCACCCUGGGUGGUUAAAGGUCAGCCAGCCUACCAGAUAUGUCCUCGGAUUAUCCCCAAUCCAGAGCCCUCCGGCCAGGACCGAAGUGGGCCCCCAGCCACUGCUGACUUUAAGGCCUGUGCUCUGCAAGGCCGUCUCCAGCGAGAGGCUGCUGCUCCUCCCGCCGCCCCUGCCGCCGCCACUGCCAUUGGGGGCGGGGGUGGGCCGGGAGGGGGCCAGCGGGGCACAGACGAAGGCGGGGGCGGCGGGGGCGACAGUGGUGGUGGUCACAACAGCCGCCGCCGUCGCCGCCGGAGGAGGGUCCGGCAGACCGGCCGCCGCCCUGGGCGCUGGCGGCCGAAGAGAACUCGUGGGAAGUGUGUGCCCGAUCUACAGCGAGCACAGUUACUGCCGCCUUCCCAGCUAGAAGGGCAGCCUGCCUUUGAGCCGGCCAAGCCGAGUUCCCCUACCUGCGAGGGCGAGGCCUCGUUUGCUGCAGUUGAAGGCGAGCGAGUGUUCAGAGUGGCUGCAGACCUUACGUCGCUUGGCUGUGAAGAUGCUGCCCAACUUUCAGAAGCAUCCAUGGGCAGCCCCUUUGAUGGCACCAGGACCGAGCCAACCCUUGACUGCUCUCUGAGGAAAGUGCCAGCAGGCAGAUCGGAGCCUCUGGAGGAAAUCAGUAGUGGGCAGGCCCUUGGUGCUGUUUUGCAGGCAGAAAGAGAGCUACCUUCAAACAAUCAGAUGAGCCAUUCUUGGCAGGAGGACUCUCCUGUCAAUCUCCUUGGAGACACAAAUGUUGUAGAAGAGGAGGAUGGUGCUACGCCUGUAACUCUGAACUGCAACACCUCUACUGUGAAGGGAACCUCCCACAUCUCCAGUUAUGCCACAGGUUUGGCCUUGGAGAGCAGCGAAGAAAAAACAUUGGAGGCAUUCGGCUCCUGCAGGCAGGAACAUUUCUCCCUUCCAGAGAACACUAGCACUCCUGGAGCAGAAGAUUUGGCCCAACCGUUCCACAUAUCCCAGUGGCACAGCAGAGAAAGGCCAAGUGAGCCACCCAGCUGUGACACAGGCGAAGCUCCUUUAUGGAAGCCCAAAGCGCACACUGAAGAUUCAGAUCCACCGCAGGAAAGGUUUGCCCUCAAGAGCUGCCUUCUCACUUGGGAGGCAUCACUAGAGACAAGAACAGAGACAGAUGAUCAGCCGGCAGAAGCAGUGGUGGGCACAAACCCCUUCCUCAGUGAUGAGGAAACCAGGAGUGGGCUCAGUGAGACAACAGAGACAGCAUCCGACCUGGAAGCUGAGUUGACAGAUGACAAUGCAGAUGAUGCGGCAGAGGACAGGGCUGCUCCUGGCAGGGGCCACCUGGUGCUCAAAUCUGAAUGUUCUAUGAAAACUGAGACUUCUACGCACAUUGAUAACUUGCCUUCUCAAGUGGGAACCACACGCAUCUGCUUGCCACAAGGCUGGAAACCACAGCCUUCUCUUCCCCAGGAAGACCACCAACCAAGUGUCUGUCUUGAUUUGAAGAAGCCAGAAAAGACAUUGCGGGCGGCCUCCAGGCCUCUGUCCAUAGAAGCCAGCAACCCUCUGGUGGUCCAGUUGCUCAGGGGGAGCCUCCCUCUGCAGGCGGUUCUUCCUGGCUCUUGCAGCAUCAGCCGGGGGGCAAAGCCUGUGUCCUCUCCAGACAAGCUCUCGGCAGUGGGGAACAAGAGCAGCAACCGCCAUUCCCGAAAUACCUCUCGGGACAAAGGUGUGGAUGCGAACGGCAGAGUCAGAAACGGAUAUGAUAUGUAUAAUUGUUUGAGGGACUCUUCCACGAAGCAGUCCUCUCCCGUCCCUAUACAUUUGAAGAAAGAGCCAAAGGGCUUGGAGGAAGAAACCUCAGAGUUGAACCCCAAUUCCCAAUCUGUCAGAGCUGUGCGUGUUCCCUGGAAGCCUGAUGACGACGCCUUGGACCUCCGAAAGGGAACCCUUUCUUCUGGUGCUUCAAAGGAGCCCAAAGGCUCCCCUACUGAUCUUUCUGGCAGAAACCCAGAAGAAAUGAAGGCAGCUCCUGCCACCCCACUCUCUUCCUGUGUGACUUCUUUGGGUCCUGCACAGCCAAGUGGUGAUUCUGUUUCCAAGAGCCAGGGAACAGGCGGUAAGAAGGUUUUUGGCCCUGGCUUCCCUUGUGGCGCUGCUCCAAGAGCCCAGCAUCCCCAAAUGCGGGAGGCCUUCCCCAUGCUGAGCAUGCUGUCGCACAGCAAGUCGGUGUCUGCACCGGCCAAGAAUGCUGUGCCGGAAGAUAGCGUAGUGCUGGCGCGGGAGGAUUGGCCCACCAAGCCACGUCUUCGUGCGGCCGGCAGCGGAGGAGUGGAGAACAAGCGAGUCCCGCCAGGUCCCGGUCCUGCCAAGCGGAACGGCGAAAAGAGGAAAGAGACUGAACUGAUGAUGGAGCAGCUGCAGGCUCUUCCCCUGGCGCGGGACUUGUCCUUCUUCCGGUUGCCCAGGGAGCCUGGCAAGGGCCUCGCUCAGCCCUUGGAGCCCUCCUCCAUCCCUUCGCAACUCAACAUCAAGCAGUCCUUUUAUGGGAAGCUGUCGAAGCUGCAGCUGAACGCCCCCAGCCUCAGCUACACCUCUGCCGCCCCCGUGUUCCCCAGGAGUCUUAUGGGGAGCAUGACAGCACUGGGCCCCAAAGCCAACUUCGCCGCUUCCCGCUCGGCGCAGAUGUUUGUCGACGGCAGCCGCGUGGAAGAGAUUUCCCUCAAGUGUUCGUGCAGCCUGAAAGCCAUGAUCAUGUGCAAGGGCUGCGGGGCGUUCUGCCACGACGACUGCAUCGGCCCCUCCAAGCUGUGUGUGCUGUGCCUUGUGGUAAGAUGAUGAAUUUGCCGCCCCGGGAGUAGGAAAGCUGUAUAUUUAAAGAGUGUCGGCUUUGGAAACAAGCAAACCUUGAACUUGUACACAAAAUUAUCAUUCUGGUCAUAAUAGAGGGAAAGUUUUCACGAUGUAUGUUUUGGUCUUUGGGCUGGAGUUGGAUGUGGGGACAGUCUGAUGUUUGAGGAAACUGGAAUGUUUUGCCGGUUUGAAUAGCUUCCUGGGGUGGGGGGCACCUUGUUCCACAAAUGGAGCCUUUUGGAAAGGCAGGGAGGGCUUUCCUGGAAAAGAGCAAGCCCUGUCUCCGUUGAAAGGCUGACUUGCAGAAUUCUGUCUUCCGUUCCCCCUUCCUGCCGUCUCCUUCACCUGACCACCUCUGGGUCUGGACAGUUUUGUGAAACUUCGGUUGAAGGAGCGCAGGAGGAAUGGCUGUGGAUUUCGGCCCAGGAAAGGGGUGGCCGCAGGAAAGGCGUGUGCCUCGCUUGCCCUGGCAUCUGUGGGGCAGGGGCAUACAGCCCGCUUUCCGUGAGUAUCGAGGCCGCAUAUGACUUCUUAAUUUCUAAGCAGUGUCAUUUUUUAAAAGAAGUAAAAGGUAUAUAUAAAUAUAUAAAUAUUAUAUAUAUAUAUAAUUUUAAUUUUUUUGUUUUCUUGGGUGUAAAAAAGUGAAAUGUUUGGCUCCUAUAUAUGUACCCUUCUAUGCAUCUGUUUGAUCAUGUAUUUAUAUGUUGUACACAGUACUGGCCAAUUCUGUAAAUCGAUGUUAUGUACAUAUACAGGUUUGGUUUUUUUUGGUUUUUGUUUCUUUUCUUUUUUUUAAGUCCUUUAUUUUUCAGGCAGAAACAGUAUUGCAUUAAAAGUGGUGUUGGUUACUACUCGCUCCCCAUAGUAAGAGCUGCUGUGUUUUGUCCCGCCUCUCGCGUUCCUGCUUCACGGUGGGAGGGGAUGAGCGCCUGCUUCCAAGGAAGGUCUUGCCUGGACCUUGUGAUUCUGGCUUUUGUCCCACUUGAAAAGCAAUCCUACCCCAAAUGCUGCGUUGCAUCCCUCGCUGUGGGUGAGUAGGGGGCUCUUGUAAGUUUAUUUUUCCGAGGAGGAAGCAAGGUCUGUGUUAAAAGCAGAUGGAUAGCCAAGGCCUCUGUGUUUUCUCUGCCCCUUCCUUUCGACCCCACCUACCUCUUUUCCUCUGCAGGCUAAACCUCCCUGCUCGAGUGCUAUAAGUGUUGUUUUUCAAUAAGAAAACCUGGUUUUCAUCUCGGAAGCAGUGUGUAUUCUUAAUCAGUGGCAGCUUUUUUUGUAGGAAACAUGGAAAAGAGAGGGAGAGUAUGGCAAAAUGCAUUGCGCUUAUUAGAGGCAACGAAGGUCUGAAAGGUGCUUACCAAAGAUGGGGGGCCACACAGUCGGGUCCCCCUCGCUCUGCAUCCUCCAGGGCCUCUGUUGUGUACAGACUGAUGAUUCCGGUCUGGCGUUUGGGGGGAGCGGGAGAUUUAGGGGAGUCCUUUCUGAUGACCCCUGAUAUUGUAUGUCCCUUGUGGUAUUGGAAAAAAAAUAAAAAAAAGAUUUUGAAAAGCGGA